AUGAAGCCAGUUCUUGGAGAGAGGUAUGAAUCACCACACCAACUGAAGCUUUGUUUGACAAAUUACUCUAUAAGCAGGGGUUAUCCAAUUAGGUUCAAGAAAUGUGAUAGUGUAAGGCUCGUGGCUGUAUGUGCAAGUGACCCUGAGAAAUUUGAAUAUCCCUUUGUUGUAAAGGCCUCGUGGAUGAGCACUGAAAGAUCAUUCCAAAUCAAAAAAAUGAUUGAGCAACAUACAUAUGUUAGGAAUUUCCGUAGUGUUAAUCUUAUGGAUCCCACAUGGAUAGCUAGGCAGUUUCUGAAGGAGAUGAUUAGGAAACCAAAUUUGAAAUGUAAGGAAAUGCAAGCUAUUAUUCAAAGCAGGUUCCAUUGCAAGGUUUCAUGGUCAAAAUGUUAUAGAGCAAAGUGUAGGGCAAUUUCUUUAAUAGAUGGAAAGUUGAGUGAUCACUAUGCAAAAGGUUGGGAUUAUGGACAUGAAUUGAUGAGGUCCAAUCCAGGGAGUACAAUUCAAAUAGUUGUCAUUGUAAACCCCGAUAACACUACUACUUUCCAUAGAAUGUAUACAUGUUCUAAGGCUAUCAAAGAAGGAUGGAAAGUUGGUUGUCGAAGAGUUAUAGGGCUUGAUGGGAGUUUUUUGAAAGGACAAUGUAAAGGUGAGCUGCUAACUACCAUAGUGAGGGAUGCAAAUAACUAUUUGUAUCCCAUUGCUUAG